AUGGCGAUGAAGCGAAUUCAAAAAGAGUUGCGAGAGAUCCAACAGGAUCCCCCAUGCAACUGUAGUGCAGGGCCAGUCGGUGAUGACCUUUUCCAUUGGGUAGCAACUAUAACAGGACCAGACGACUCGCCUUAUCAAGGGGGUCUUUUCUUUUUGGACGUCCAUUUCCCAGUCGAUUACCCGUUCAAAGCGCCCCGCGUCACGUUCACUACAAAAGUUUAUCACCCAAAUAUUAAUAAAAACGGCAAUAUUUGCCUCGACAUCUUAAAAGAUCAGUGGAGUCCCGCACUUACUCUGUCGAGAGUGUUGUUGUCGAUCUCGUCGUUACUCACAGACCCAAACCCAUCGGAUCCACUCGACCCAGACGUCGCAAAUGUACUCAGACAAGACAAACGAAAAUUCGAAGAUAACGCAAGAGAGUGGACUCGAAUGUAUGCAAGACCGUAA